AUGAGAUUUGCUUUUACUAUCCUUUUGGCCCUGGCCUUUAUCCAAUUUACCUUUGCAGAUGUCUUUUCUCAAUUACAGUUCAUGAAGAUUACAUCUCCUACAAGUGGUCAAAGUAUCAGAGCCGGUGAAAAAGUGCUUAUUAAAUACGUGAUGCAGCCUUUAGUGUAUAAGGGGACUUCAAAUGGUUAUGCAAAGUCGUUGAAGAUCAACUUCCACAAGAGAACAGGAAAUCAAAAGGAAGGAUUACUUGAGAACAUCUAUCCUAAAUGUCCAGUAACUGCUCAAAAUGACAAAUACAAGACUCACAGCUACUACUGGACUGUUCCCGAAGGCACUGCCCCUGGCUCUUACGCCUUUGAUUUCGUUGAGCUUGUUCAACUUCGCCGUAGUCAAAUGACAGUAUCAGAAACUGUAAAGGUCAACAUUGUCGACUAG